GCUUAAAUCAAAACAAUUCGCUCUCUGACAUCUCAAAUUUUUUCAUUCAAAAUAAAAAAGAAUGUUUCCUAAUACCACGUAAAAUAGCAUUAGAAAAGAGAUGUUUAAAAAUUAUCAUCAAGUAGUUUUCCUCACUGUUCGUGUGAGAAAAGCAUAAAUAUUGAUAAUAAUAAAAAUUGUUAAGUAAUCGAGUGGGAAACAAAGAAAUUUAAAAAAAAAUAAUUCAGCACCCACACGGGAUUUUAAGUUUCCAUAUACAGUGAUCAUAAAUAAGUCAAGUAAUAUUUGAACACCGUUUCGCUGAAGAAAAAACUGAAUUCUUCAAAAGUUUGAUCAAUAUAAAAUAUCAAAUUUUAAAUUGCAACCAUGCAGAAAACUGUGAUUACACGCAAAGAUGCUCAAGAAGCGAAAAUAAAGACAAGAGCAAUGGCAAAAGGAACGGAACGAAAAAUAACAUUGAGUGAAGCAAAACAAAAGAGUAGACAGAGAAUGGUUAAAACAACAGCUGAUAAAGUCAAUGAUAUCUAUGGAAAUGCUUUAAGCUCAAUGAUGUCGAUUCGUAGUGAAACUGGGGUAGUUUAUGAUGAAUCGAUGGCUUUACAUUGUUGUCUUUGGGACAAAUCGUAUCCAGAAUGUCCCGAACGCUUUACAUCUGUUAUAAAUCGUUGUCGCGAAAUGAAGUUAAUUGAAAGAUGUAAAGAAAUAAAGCCAAGAUUAGCAACGAAAAGUGAAGUGUUAACGAUUCAUACAACCGACCAUUACAAUCUCCUCGAGUCUACAAAAAAUUGUCUCAAUGAAGAUUUGUUGGAAGAAAUUAGUUCAAACUAUGAUGCAAUUUACAUUCAUCCAACGACUUUCAAUUUGUCCCUUCUCGCUUGUGGCUCGACAAUAGAACUUGUUGAUAAUAUUUUAGAUGGAAAAGUUCAAAAUGGAAUGGCAAUCAUACGCCCUCCAGGUCAUCAUGCUAUGAAAGCAGAAUUCAAUGGAUACUGCUUCUUUAACAACGUUGCUGUCGCUGCUCAACAUGCAUUGGAUAAUAAAUCUGUCAAUAAAAUUCUUAUCGUUGAUUGGGAUGUUCAUCACGGUCAAGGAACGCAAAGAGCUUUUUACAAUGAUCCACGAGUUGUUUAUUUCUCAAUUCAUCGCUUCGAACAUGGAACAUUUUGGCCUAAUCUUCGUGAAUCGGAUUUUGAUUAUGUGGGAAGUGAAAGUGGAGAAGGAACAAAUAUCAACGUACCUUUAAAUAAAGUUGGCAUGACAAAUGCUGAUUACUUAGCAAUUUUUCAACAACUUUUAAUGCCGAUUGCUGUAGAGUUUCAGCCAGAAUUAAUUCUCAUCUCUGCUGGUUAUGAUGCAGCUUUGGGCUGUAUGGAAGGUGAGAUGGAAGUGACGCCAGCAUGCUAUGCUCAUCUUUUAUCACCGCUUCUUUCAUUGGCAUCUGGACGUGUGGCUGUUGUGCUUGAAGGUGGAUAUUGUUUAGAAUCGCUUGCUGAAGGUGCAGCUUUAACGCUCAAAACACUGCUUGGUGAUCCAUGUCCACGAAUGCAGCCGCUUGAAGUUCCUUCCGUCAGCAUUCAAGAAACUAUUUUGAACUGCAUUUAUGUUCAUCGAAGUCAUUGGCGAAAUUUAUGUCUUCAAAACGUUUACAAUAUUGAAGAGCUCAAUAAUAUAAAUCCCCAACCAAACCUGCACAAAGUUCCUCACGAAAGCUUCAUUGGCGGACCAUCAAAUCCAAUAAAAUUCGAAACGAGAAAUUGUUAUCCAAUACAAAGUGAAACUUUUAAGAAAGAAGUCGCUGAGAAAUUGGAAAAACUAAAAUUCUUCACAAAUUUAACUUUCCCUACCAAUCGUGUUUGUUUUGUCUACGAUGAGCUCAUGAUGAAACAUGAGAACAUUCACGAAAGCGGUCAUCCCGAACAACCAGAAAGAAUCAAAAAAAUAUUUUCAACAUUCGAUGAAUAUAAAUUAUUGAAUCGAAUGAAAUCAAUUGCGUCCAGAAUUGCAACCGAAGAAGAAAUUUCGCUCGUUCAUUCUGCAUCUCAUAUUGAACACAUGAAAGAAAUUGUUGCUGGUGACGAUUUGAAUGAAGCUGGAAGACGAUUUAAUUCAGUUUAUUUCCAUCCAUCGACUUAUGAAUGUGCGACUACAGCUGUUGGUUCGGUUCUUCAGGUAGUCGACGAUGUUUUGAAUGGAGAAUCACGAAGUGGAGUUUGUGUUGUCAGACCACCGGGACAUCAUGCAGAGUCAGAUGAACCUCAUGGCUUUUGCAUCUUUAACAACGUUUCAAUUGCUACUCAAUAUGCACUCAAUAAUUACGGGUUGAAAAGAAUUCUUAUUAUUGAUUGGGAUGUUCAUCACGGUCAAGGGACUCAACACAUUUUCGAAAACGAUCCGAAAGUGCUUUACAUCUCAAUCCAUCGCUAUGACAAUGGAAAUUUCUUUCCAAACAGCACUGAUGCUAACUUCACUGAAGUCGGUGAAGGUAUUGGAAAAGGAUUCAAUGUGAAUAUUCCUUGGAACAAGAAAGGAAUGGGAGACAUGGAAUAUAUUUUGACAUUCCAAUCAAUCAUAAUGCCAAUCGCUUAUGAGUUUGAUCCUGAACUUGUUAUAGUAUCAGCAGGAUUUGAUGCUUGCAUUGGAGAUCAACUUGGCGGUUGCAAAGUCACACCUGAAGCUUAUGGUCACUUGACUCAUUGGUUGUCAGCUUUGGCGAAUGGAAAAAUAAUUUUAUGUCUUGAAGGCGGUUACAAUGUUAACUCAAUUUCACAUUCAAUGACUCUUUGUACUAAAUCACUUCUUGGUGAUCCACUUCCAAUGCUUUAUGUAUCACCACGAUGGGACGGCAUCAAUGCAAGUGCUUUGGAAACAUUAAAAAAUGUCAUCGACAUUCAAAGUAAAUUCUGGAAAUGUUUAAAGUUUAAUAAAAAGUUGCCUGACUUUGAUGUGACCGAUACAAAAAUGGACAAAGUUGAUUUGGUGAAAGAAAUGGAAACUUUGACAAUAAAUUCACCAUCAGAUGAUGGCGAUAACGAUAAUGACAAAAGUAAACAAAUUAAGAGUGCAGGAAUUGAGUCAUCAAAUUUGCCAGGAACGUCAGGAAAUUCUGCUGACUCUGCUGAAAAUAAACAAACAUUAACCGAGUUUUUGAAGGAGAAUUUAGAAGUAAAUUGCUUGAAAGUAUUUAAUGAAUUCAUUAAAAUUAUUUUAUUUAUUUUUAAGGCACUUAAUAAUGAAGAAAUGUUUGCAAUUGUACCUUUGAAAUUCUGUCCACACCUUGCUUUGAACCAGAUGAAGCUCCUGAAA